AAAGCAAAAGUCUCCUUUCACGCCUUUCAAUCAAUGGGAUGUACAAAAUUUAGCACUUUCUCUCUCUUUUCCCUCUUGCGUUCAAAUCUUCAACAAGCUCUGGUUAUUUGGGCUUUAUUUUCUUCAAGUUUUCCGUUUGUUUGUAGUUCACACCCAAAUUUUAAUUUUCGAUCUUCUUUACUUUUGCUUCAUAAAGUUUUCUGUUUUGAGUAGUAAUGCCCAAUUUCCAAGGCUUGGUCUUGGGUAACGUAUUGGUGUUCAAUCAUUUAAAAAUCUCGCAUCCUCGUAGUUAUGCUUUUGAUAAAGCUUUAGUCUUUAGCUUUGGGUAUCAAUUAUGAGCUUUGUUGUCAUUGAAAUGCUUUGCUCAUUUGGUUUUUAAUGUGUUUUAGGAAUCUGUGUAUGUUUUGUUUAGGUUUUUUUCCUUGAGGUUUGAGAAUGGAGAAGGUUGAACAAGCAAACAAGGAAGCUAUUGAGAGCUGUAAUAGAGUUCUUGAUCUCUUCUCUUUGCCUAAGGAUCAAGCUCGGUACAGCAAUUUAAUGGUGGAAACUGGUGAAGCUGUGUUUAAGUUCAAAAAAGUAGUGUCUCUUCUCAACACCGAUUUAAGUCAUUCAAGGGUAAGGAAGUUGAAGGUGUUUAGAUCAAGUUUGCCUCAGAAAAUUUUCCUGGAAAGUCCCAAUUGCAGAACAAUUUUAUCACCAAAACCCCUUCAAGUAUACCCUUCAACACCCCUUGACGUUGGUCAAAGGGCUAAAACUGUGUUCUUUGAUCAGAACCCUCCACAAGAUUUCAGUUUUGUUCAUCAUCAUCAGCAGCAGCAGAUGCAAAGGCUGCAAUUUCAGCAACAACAGCAAAUGAAAUACCAUGCAGAUAUGGUGUUUGCCAAGAGUAGCAGUGGGGUGAACCUUAAAUAUGAUGGAUCUAGUUGCACACCAACCAUGUCAUCAACCAGAUCCUUUGUGUCAUCUUUGAGUUUGGACGGUAAUGUCGCGAAUUUGGAAGGGAAUUCGUCCCAUUUGAUCGGUAUGCCGCACCGAUUCGAUCAAAUCUCUCAACAGUCUAGGAGGAUGUGUUCGGGUAAGGGACAAGAUGGCAGUAUGAAAUGUGCUACCAGUGGUAAAUGCCAUUGUUCCAAGAGGAGGAAGCUGAGGAUUAAGAGGUCUAUUAAAGUGCCUGCUAUUAGUAACAAAGUUGCUGAUAUCCCUCCUGAUGAAUAUUCAUGGAGGAAAUAUGGCCAAAAGCCAAUCAAGGGUUCUCCACACCCUAGGGGAUACUAUAAGUGCAGCAGUGUGAGAGGCUGCCCCGCAAGGAAGCAUGUCGAGAGAUGUCCAGAAGACCCUUCGAUGUUGAUCGUCACGUACGAAGGCGAGCAUAACCAUUCGAGGUUGCCCUCGACACACUCCGCCCAUAAAUGAAGAAAAAUGCAUUCUUUGAUCUCCAAAAACCCAACCUGCAACCGUCGAAAUCCGGAAAAAGGAGCCGGUCGUCGUCUAAAUGUGAAAUAGAUAGCUAUUGUACAUUGUUGCAUCAACAAUGGAAACCAUAGGUGAGAAUCCUUAUUGCCGUUUGGGGAUUCAAACCACAGAAGUAGAUCAAGAGGGCUGUUAUAUAUAGAAUAGGAAUUGUGAACUUUACUUUUGUUAAACUUUGAAUUUUUGUGACCCUGUGUUUUGUUCUUCA